AUGGGACCAUUCAGAGGAGGAGGAGGACGUGGAGGUGAUCGAGGCAGAGGUGGUGGAGGAAGAGGCGGUGGGGGAAGAGGUGGUCGAGGAAGAGGUGGUGGUGGCGGUCGAGGAGGCGGAGGUGGUGGACGGUUCGAGCGACAGGAUCAAGGUCCACCGGAAAAUGUUGUCGAGCUUGGUACUUAUUCUCAUCCAUGUGAAAGUCAAUUGGUGUGUAAAGCAACAAGCGAUAUGGUGCCGUAUUUUAAUGCAGGAGUUUUCCUACAGAAUAAACAACAAAUUGGAAAAGUUGAUGAAAUUUUUGGACCAAUGAGAGAAUACUGGUUUUCAGUUUCAUUGUCAGAAAAUAUGAAACCAGCAUCAUUCAAAAAAGAUGAAAAGUUUUUUGUUGACACCGCUAAACUUCUACCAUUAACCCGUUUUCUUCCAAAUGCGCGUGGCACAUCAUCAGGUCGAGGAAGAGGUGGCGCCGGACGCGGAGGAGGUUUUCGUGGCGGUUCUCGCGGUGGUCCACGUGGGGGCAGUCGCGGUGGUUUUGGUGGUGGAAAUAGAGGUGGUGGUUUUGGUGGAGGAAAUUUUCAAAGUAACAGAGGAGGUGGAAGAUCAUUCAGGGGUGGUGGUGAUCGAGGACGAUCGUUCAGAGGAGGAAACAACAAUUUCCGGGGUCGUUUAUAA